AAAAUACUAAACCCAAAUGAGUGAACUUUGGCUGAGGGAAUUGGCCAGGCAACGUAAGUCUCAUGCUUCCUUACAUGGGUAGCCUACUAUUCCUUCACCUCACCUGAAAACCUUAAAACUGAAACCAGAGAAAUGGUUCCUCCCUCUCAACCAGUUGCUCAAGUCAAGCCAAGGGAACUUCUUGGGCCAGAAAGUUGCUGGAGUAUUAACCAUGAGAAUCAUGGCAACCUUGAACCUUGCUGGACUCUUUCUGAUCAUUGCCAUCUCCCUCUUCUCCUUCUCGUUGGCUUGCACCUUCACUGUAACGAACAAUUGCCCACACACAAUCUGGCCAGGUACACUGGCUGGCGCAGGGACACCACAGCUUCCAGCAACCGGAUUUCAACUAGAUUCCGGUGGAAGUGUCAGAAUUGAAACGACUCCAGGUUGGUCGGGUCGGGUUUGGGCCAGGACAGGGUGCACAUUUGAUGAAUCAGGAGUUGGGACAUGUGAGACAGGGGACUGUGGGGGAAGGUUGGAGUGCAAUGGCAAUGGUGCCACACCACCUGUGUCGCUUUUCGAGAUCACGCUUGGAAAGGGCAGUGACAAGGAUUUCUAUGACGUUAGCAUCGUCGACGGGUACAAUCUGCCACUAGUUGCGGCACCACGUGGAAUCUACGGUGGCUGUAAUGCCACCGGUUGCGUGUCUGAUCUCAAUACAGGUUGCCCAAAAGAGCUGCAGGUUGUGGGGGGAGUGGAGUCAGGGGGUGUGGUAGCAUGUAGGAGUGCAUGUGAGGCAUUCGGUCUGGAUCAGUAUUGCUGCAGCGGGGAGUAUGCCAAUCCAACAACUUGCAGACCUUCAUCCUACUCAACCAUCUUUAAGACAGCAUGCCCAAAAGCCUACAGCUAUGCAUUUGAUGACAGAACAAGCACUUUCACUUGCAAAGCCUAUGAAUAUGCCAUCAUUUUCUGCCCCACAGGAAACGGGCAGAUGAGAUCAAAUGGUUUUGUCACUGCCCCUGCAGUCCACAAAAACAGCUAUGGCGAAGUUGGGGGGAUGGUUUCAUCAUCAAGCACUCUAUCAUUCCCGAUGUUGAUGUUUCUCCUUGUCAUCCUAAACUAUUUGUAGGCAGCCCUGAGCUUGAUGCCUUCCUGUCAUGGCUGCUCCGACAGGUCGAGAGAACUUCACAUUGUUUCCUGCUACAAGCAGAAACUACUGCAUCAAGGCACAACGCAAAGAUGGAUCUGAAACUGACAAAUGGUGUAGAAGUUCUCUAGUCCUGUUUCAAGUGCAGCACUCAAUGAUUCAUUAGGCACAACUCUGUACAAUUUUCACCCAUUUUAAUUUAGUUAUAUUAAUGUCAUAAAAGCACAUCCGUCAGGUUAGCAAAGAGGAGUUGUGUCAGUUGGUUCGUUUCAAAGCAAAAGCUCAAUGUAGUUAUUCAGAUCAGGGCACCAAUGUAGUAAAAUAUCAGUUUAUUAGUUUCUAUUUCAGUUCC